AACUCACAGAACUGAAACACUCACUCCGUCUCCACCUAAACUAAACCCAAAAACACAAGUCUAACACAAAAAUGGGAAUCUGCUGCUGCUGCUCUCCCAGAUUGGUCCUCCUCUUCUUCCUCCUCUCCGCCGUCCCCGUCGCCUACCUCAUCUCCCUCGAGCUCGCUGCCCCCACCACCCACGUCUACCACUACCACGCCGCCGGCUGGUUCCGCGAGUGCGCCAAGUGGGACCACCUCAACCGCCGCUUCCUCGUCUCCUUCAUGGGCGGCGGCAUCGGCCAGAUUCCCGUCCCCGACGAUCACACCCCCGGCGCCCUCCUCCACGAGUCCACCUUGGUCAAACACGUUGACUUGGCCAACAACGCUUCUCUCGGCUUCGUCAUCGACCGCCCCCGCAACCGCCUCCUCGUCGCCACCGCUGACGUCAUGGGCAACCGCUACAGCGCCCUCGCCGCCUACGACCUCUCCUCCUGGGACCGCCUCUUCCUCACCCAGCUCAGCGGCCCUAGUGAUCCAAAAGCAUUCGCAGAUGAUGUUGCAGUCGAUUCAGAAGGUAAUGCAUAUGUGACUGAUUGCGCUGGCAGUUUCAUCUGGAAGGUUGGAGUGGAUGGCAAGUUCCUAUCAACUAUCAAAAGUCCUCUCUUCACUCCAAAAGAGUGGUACAAAGCCAUUGUUGGCCUAAAUGGAAUCGUUUACCACCCGGAUGGAUACUUGAUUGUUAUCCACACUUUCAGCGGCAAUUUGUUCAAGAUCGACGUAGCAAAAGGAGACGAAGUGAAGCAAAUUAAGAUUGUAGAAGGUUCACUGAAAUUUGGAGACGGUCUAGAGCUACUAUCUCCAACACAGCUAGUAGUUGCUGGGAACCCAUCUGGUAGACUAGUGGAAAGCACUGAUGGGUGGGAGACGGCUUCAGUUGUUGGUAAGUUCUCGGGGCCUUCACAUCGGUUGGCCACAGCAGCAACUGUUAAGGACGGGAAGGUGUAUCUCAACCACAUGGUUGGCAUGGGAUACCCUAAAAAGAAGCAUGUCCUUGUUGAAGCAGUGUUUUCUGCUUAAAUGAAUUUUACUCCAAAUCAAAUGUAGAUUACUUGCUGUUGUCUACAUUUUGUUUUUACUUUUAUUCAAUGUAACAGUAACAGAUCACAUGUUCAUAUUUUGAACAAAGAGGUGUGCACGAAUCGCCUGCGAUUGCAGUUGCAGAGGAAUUGUAUUGUUUUACACCUGAUGUCGCCAAUUCUCUA